UUUUGUUCAGUUUGUCGUCAUAAUGUUUAGAAUCACUCACUCGUUUCAAAGGAAAAAUUGCAUCCAUAAGAAAAUUUGCCUAAUUUUUGGGAGCUCUUGACAAAAAACGGCUUUCGAAAAGAAACUUGGCAAACCAUUGGAGAUGCUAUUGCAUAGUUGCACCCAUUGGAAAUCUAGUCGUUGAAUGAUGGUUUAAUACUGCUCUCUAUGGGAAUCAAACCAAAAAAAGUGAACCUGCUCCUUUCAGGGGAGCUUGCUUGUUUGUGCCAUUAACUAAUGCCCCUUGUGAAUAAGAUGCCCUUGUUUGUUAUCCUAUUUAUCUCCUUCAUCUUCUGAAAGGGUUCCCUUUCCUGUCUCCGUGAAGCUUUCCACCUUUUAGUUUUUCAAUUACUAGGUGUUUGGGGUUUUUGCUAAGCAGGUGUUAACUGGCUGGAUCAGCCAGUUAGAUUAUACUAUUACUGUUACAUUGGAUUCUAAUUACUACUUCACCUUUGCCGGUUGGAGGGUACGUGCUGUUAACUGAUUCAUUUCACUUUUCUUUAGAGUACUCCUCCUCUCUUGUUUCUAUAAGGCUGCUAAAGUUACUUGUUCCUUGCUUACUCCUGCCAAAAAAAUUCUUUACCAGCUAACAUUGUCGAAACCCCCCCUUCAAUAAACUAACAAUUUGUUUCUGUACCUUACCAACUCAAAACAGUUACUUAAAAGUAAAACCUCCACUGGUUUCUGCACUUUGGAUUCAUCGGAAAAUGGACGCCGGAGGUAACGGAGAUUUGGGGUGUGGGAAUAGAGGCGGUGGCGGCCUUUUGGAUUGCUCGUCGCUGGGAAACUUCACGGCUCUCCCAGCAGAAGAGGUUCUUGGAAUGACAACGGGCUCAGAGCAUUGGAAUAGAGUGCAUUCGUCUUUCAACAGCGGUUGGACUCCGCUAAUUGGUUCGAUUGCACAUAGUAAUAUGGAAGUUGGGACUUCUCCCUUUUCCAGCUUUGGAAGCGGAACAUUCCCAGAUAUGGAUGGUUUCUUAAACCUGCAAAGGUGCCGCUACUCUAGUUGUUCUGGCGAUAAUCCCCCAGAACGUAGCGGUGACAAGAAUGAGAAAGCAUUAACAACACAAUGUGCAGCUGAUGAUUUUGCAAAAUCUCAAGGGGGUGAAGGAACUAUAAAACCUUCACUUGAUGGAAACAAAAGAAGACGGGCAUCUGAAGAUUGGUCUCAAAUUACACAGUUUGAGGACACGAAAACAGAGAACGACCAAUGCACGCGAGAGGAAGAUGAGGAGAAAGAGAAACAGAAACCUGAGAUAAAGCCAGUUUCUAAAAAGUGCAAGCAAAUUAUUGGUAGAGAAGUUAAUGACAGUUCCAGUAGCGGGGAUGCUCCGAAAGAGGACUAUGUUCAUGUGAGGGCAAAACGAGGCCAAGCAACUAACAGUCACAGCCUUGCGGAGAGAGUUAGAAGGGAAAAAAUUCGAGAAAGGAUGAAGUUUCUUCAAGAUCUUGUUCCAGGAUGUGAUAAGAUUACAGGGAAGGCAGUAAUGCUUGAUGAAAUAAUCAACUAUGUGCUAUCAUUGCAAAAGCAAGUUGAGUUUUUGUCUAUGAAAGUAUCCACUGUUUAUCCUGAAGCAAAUGUUGAACCUGAACAGAUUCUUCAAAGAGAUAUCCGUUAUUCACAUGGUGGCAGUGCGACAAUCCUAUGUGAUCCAGGAACGAGGCCUUACCCGAAUGUGGCAGGAGUAUGGGGAAAUGAUCAGCUUCAAAGUACAAGCCGAAUGGACUUUAACCCUGAUCUGGCUCCCGAGUCCCCACAAUGCGGAAUCUAAUGGUUUCCUUGAUGUGAGGCGGUAGAAUUCUUGGCAGACCAGAUGCUUAUACUUAUUCUAACAAAGACAGCCUAAGAAUUAUCCUUUAGUUGAUUUGUUUCCUUAACACAUUAUCAUUCGUUCAUCGUCUUCAAAUGGACAUUGGAGGGAGAAAAAAGGGCAGAGUGAAGCUGCAGAUUGCACGAAAUAUGUGUAUAGAUCAAAAUCCUCUAACCUGGUUCUUCGAUUUUUAGCAGAAGGUGAUCUGGAGAUCGUGAAAAAUAGCUAUUGAAACACAACUAGUUGUGACUGCUUUUUUUUUUUUUUUGGUUUUUUUUACAAGUCAGUUGCAAUUAUAUCAUUUUGUAAAGCCCGACGGCACUUACAAAAGGACUUGUAUCCGUGCCACAACUCAUAAGGUGGGAUCAUGUU